AUGUCUCCUUAUUUUACUAUUCGAUUGUGGGAUCUCAGGUGUUUUUGCUUGUUUAUGUGGGAUGACAUUUUAUUGAUUGGCAGUGAUUCCAAGUUGGUUUCUGAACUGAUGCAGCGUCUUGCUUCGAUGUUUAAGUUGCGUGAUCUGGGAUCUCCUAGUUUUUUCCUUGGGAUUGAAACUAUUCCUUUUGAAAAUGGUAUGAUUUUAUCUCAGCGUAGGUACAUGUCUGACAUUUUGAAUAGUGCAAGGAUGAUUGGUUGUAAGCCACUUGCUUCGCCUAUCUUAGUGGCCCGGUCGGUCUCGUUGUCUGAAGAGUUGUAUGACAAUCCUACACAUUAUAUGAGUUUAAUUAGCAGGUGCGUUGUAGUAUCUCACAGUUACACGCUCAGAUCUGUCCUUUGUAGUGAAUCAGCUUUGUCAGCGUAUGCAUUCUUCGACUGUAGCACACUGGACUAUGCUAAAGCGUGUGUUGAGGUAUGUCAAGGACUCAAGGGUACUUUGAAUUUUGGUUUACGGUUGUGUGCCUCGAAUUCUUUUGAUUUGCAUGCCUACUCAGAUUCGGACUGGGCUGGUAGUACUGUUGACCGUAAAUCGACUAGUGGGUUUGCUGUUUUUCUUGGGCGUAAUUUGGUGCCAUGGGUUAGCCGUAAACAACGCACUUUUGCGCAGUCUUCUACUAAGGCUGAGUACAAGGGGUUGGCUGAUGUGGCUGCUGAAGUCACUUUGGAUUGUUUCCUUAUUGCAGAGCUCGGUCUUCAUUCGUCCAAUCCUCCCAGACUAUGA